UCGCUUUCUCCAAUCCUCCGUUGUUAGCCGCUGCUAAUCCUAUACUCUAUAAGUCCAAACGGAACGGAAUUGAUCGCUAGGCCUUCUGGUAAUAACAGAGAGUUGGGUUCAGUGGCCAUUUAGGGAAGACGAGAAAUUCAUCGGCUGUUCAAGUGGAAACCAAGAUGGCUUCAAAGGAAACCUACCGCACCGAGCUCCGAUCCGCCGCCCGCCAACUUGGCGACCGCUGUCUCCACUCCGCUGCCAAAUGGGCUGCUGAACUCCUUGUCAGCUUGGAACCGGACCCAUCGUCCUCCUCUUCCUCCACACCUCCUCUCUCUUCCCUUUCCUCUCGCAACUUCCCCUCAGCUUCCACCUCCUCCCGCUCUCUUUCCGCCCCCUACGGGCGCCACCUUGACGGCUCCUCCCUCCGCCGCCGCCUACGAUCCGGCGGCAGCGCAGCCGACACUUCAGCGACGCCUGUCGGUGGGAUCUCGUAUGUCAGCACGCCGAUUCCUGUUGAAGAUGGAAGCGAAGGCGAUAGCGAUGUGUAUCUUCUCGCUAAGGCUUACUUUGAUUGCCGGGAGUUCCGUAGGGCCGCCCAUGUGCUUGGUAAGCAAACCGGGAGGAAGGCCGUCUUUCUUAGGUGCUAUGCGCUCUAUCUGGCUGGAGAGAAACGUAAGGAGGAAGAGUUGAUAGAAAUUGAGGGUUCGUUUGGCAAAUCUGAAGCUGUUAAUAGUGAAUUGGUUUCUCUGGAAAGAGAGCUAUCUUCCCUUCGGAAGGCCGGUGCCAUUGAUUCUUUUGGGUUAUACUUGUAUGGUAUCAUACUGAGGGACAGAGGUUGUGAAAACCUUGCUAUUACAGCCCUUGUUGAGUCCGUCAACAGUUUCCCCUGGAAUUGGAGUGCCUGGUUGGAACUGCAGUCUCUAUGCACCACAACCGAUAUUUUAAACAAGUUAAAUCUCAAAAACCACUGGAUGAAAGAUUUCUUUCUUGCCAGUGCAUAUCAGGAGCUUAAGAUGCAUGAUGAAACUCUAAAAAAAUGUGAAUCCUUGCAGGCCGUCUUUCGGCGCAGCGAUCACAUACAGGCUCAAAUCGCUACGGCUCUGUAUGGUUUGACAGAGCUUGAUGAGGCUGAGGUGGUUUUUGAAGAAAUUCUCAGGAAUGAUCCGUAUCGUUUGAACACGAUGGACGUUUACUCGAAUCUACUUUAUGCUAAGGAGUGCUUUUCGGCUCUUAGUUUCCUUGCUCACAAGGUCUUUUUAACUGAUAAAUAUCAGCCUGAAUCAUGCUGCAUCAUUGCAAAUUACUACAGUUUGAAAGGACAGCAUGAGAAAGCUGUUUUAUAUUUUAGGAGAGCAUUAAAACUAAACAGAAAGUAUUUAUCAGCUUGGACUCUGAUGGGUCACGAAUAUGUUGAGAUGAAGAACACUCCAGCUGCAAUUGAUGCUUACCGACGGGCCGUCGAUAUAAAUCCUCGCGAUUACCGUGCCUGGUAUGGUCUAGGGCAAACAUAUGAAAUGAUGAGCAUGCCAUUCUAUGCUCUUUACUACUUCAAAAGAGCUUCAUACUUGCAGCCAAGUGACGCCCGUCUUUGGCUUGCUAUGGCUCAGUGUUACCAAAGUGCUCCACUUGAGAUGCUUGAAGAUGCGAUCAAGUGUUAUACAAAGGCUGUAAACUGUAAUGAAAGGGAAGGGAUUGCACUGCACCAGUUGGCCAAACUUCACAGUGAUCUGGGGUACUCUGAAAAGGCUGCAUAUUUCUAUAAGAAAGACUUGGAGAUGAUGGACGCUGAAGAAAGGCAGGGCCCAAACAUGAUUGAAGCUCUGCUUUUUCUCACCAAGUACUUGAAAGCUGAGAAAAGAUUUGAAGAAGCUGAGGUUUACUGCACUAGGCUUUUGGAUUACAGCGGGCCAGAAAAGGAGACGGCAAUGAGCCUUCUGAGAGGAUUGAGGGUAGCUCAGUCCGGUCUUCCAUCCUCUUCUAGUCUUGAACAGUUUUCUACUUCAUGAAAUCCUAUCGGAGAAGUUUUUGCUGUGGAAGAUGACAGCUUCAACAGGAAGCAGUGUUUUUCAAACACUGAAGACAUGAAUUGCUCGCCAUGCUUGCUGGAGAAAACUGGGAUCUACAUGGUGAAGUUAUCCAUUCAUGAAGAAACUGAAGCUCAUGCACCAGAUGCACAGAAAGCCUGCGUGAAACCAAAGCAGCUUCUUCAUUUGAGAUAGUUUUUUUACUGCUUCUUAAAGUAAUUUUUUAGAACAAAAAUCUUAAUUAUUUUAUCAAAAAAUUAUUUUAAGGAGUAUUAAAAAAACCGUUCCAAAUGGAACCUGAGAGGAUGACCUCAGUUCAAUCUAUUUAUUUGCGUCGUAUAUUGCCUUUGAUCAAUAAAGUGGCUAUUGCCAUGCCAGUAUUGUGAAUUUAUGGCUAUUGCAACUGUUGAGUUGUUUCUGAUAGAAUGCCUUAUAGACUUGGUUCAUAGUGUGCAUGCAAACUGAAACAUACGUUGAUUUCAUAUAAUUUAUCUAUUUAAGUACAUCAUUUGUGAAUUUUUACA